AUGGAUUUUCGUGACAGAGCGAUUGCCCCACUUCGUGCUUGGAUCAUUAAGAAGAAAUCAACACUGGGACCCCUUGCUGGUGCUAUAGCUGUGUUUUGGAUCAUUUCACGCUUGCGAGCAUACAUAACUACUAGCAGUAACAGCACCAAGCUUCCUUCUCCAAGAUUCGCCCUUCCAUAUUUUGGUCAUAUCUUUCAUCUGGGAUAUGACGUUAUAAAGACAGUUUCUCAAUGGCAUGAGCAAUAUGGGCCGAUCAUCACUAUACAAGCUGGUGUCAAACAAGUGGUCAUCAUAGCUGAUCCCUUUAUUGCACACGAAGUAUUGGGGAUCAAAGGUAGCCAAACAGCAAACCGGCCGUACAACAAGGUGAUAACCGAGAUAUACAGCAGGAAUGGGAGAGGGAUGAGCGUUGCCGAUGUCAACACCACCUCAUGGAAAAAGUCACGGGCUAUUGCCGCAACCUUUUUUGGACCAAGCGGUGUGAAAAAGAAGCUUACGGAUAUAUGCAAUGAAACUGAAAAGCUAGUCGAUCUCCUUGCGACCGAAAAUAAUGUUGAUCCGUACCCCCAUCUUUUACGUUUUGCACUCAACUAUAUGAUGUUCAGCUGCUUUGGUAAACAGACAACAUCUAUCAACGACCCUCUUUUCAAAAGUGCAAAACAUCAAGUAAGCUAUGCUAAGGAUUUAACCAAAAUCAAGCAUAUGGCCAGUGGAUACCUUCCAGUGUUAUCGUUUAUUGAUAGUUUGCUGGGACGUGAGGAGACUAUUGAAAAGCACAUAGCAGCGCGUGACUCAUGGACGUCAGCGUUGAUGAUGGAAGCCUAUAAUGAUCGCAAAGAUUGCAUAGCAACAACAUUGAUGGACUCUGUAUAUGCUGGUGAAAUUGAUGAGAUGACAGCCAUUGUGACAGUGGUUGAUAUCAUUGCUGGUGGUAUGGAAACAACAGCUGUGACCAUGACAUGGGCAUUUGGCAUCUUGUCAGUAAAACCAGAGAUUCAGCGCAAGAUACAAAAAGAACUUGACCAUUUCAUUGAGACUCACAAGAGGAUGCCAAUGUUCUCCGAACGUGAGCAAUUCCCAUACAUGAUUGCUGUGCAGAGAGAGUGUAUGCGUUUUCGACCCACCGCAACCAUAGGGUUACCACAUGAGGCAGCUGAGGAUAUUGUAUGGCGAAACAAAAUCAUUCCCAAAGGUGCAAUGAUUGUAGCCAACAUGGUUGCAAUGCAUAUGAAUCCUGAAGUGUAUUGUGAUCCACACGUCUUUCGACCCGAACGCUUUCUCGAUAAAACAGAGACGUUUACGGCAUCAGCAAGAUCCAAAAUUGAGGACCGUGAUCAGUACAAUUUUGGUUGGGGAAGACGACUAUGUCCUGGUAUUUACGUGGCCGAGGUUCACAUGUUCAGCGUGUUCACCCAUGUGUUUGCGAGACAUACGAUUGUGCCACGUAUGGAUUACAAAGGUUCCCCUGUGCCUUUGGAUCUCGAAAGCUUCCUUCCACGACGAGAAACUACGAUGAUCGUAGCUACACCACCUUCCUACCAGGUCCGUUUUGUACCCCGUACGAAACAUCUCGUUCAGUAA